GAUAGGAAGGAAGGAGGUGCUAGACAGCAUGGAGGACUUUCUGCUCUACAAUGGGUACCAGCUGGGCAAGACCAUUGGGGAAGGGACCUACUCAAAAGUCAAAGAAGCAGUUUCCAAAAAACACCAAAGAAAAGUGGCGAUUAAAAUUAUAGACAAGAUGGGAGGGCCAGAAGAGUUUAUCCAGAGAUUCCUGCCUCGGGAGCUCCAGAUUGUCCGCACCCUGGACCACAAGAACAUCAUCCGAGUGUACGAGACGCUGGAGUCUGCCGACGGGAAAAUCUACCUGGUGAUGGAGCUGGCUGAAGGAGGGGAUGUCUUUGACUGUGUGCUGAAUGGGGGGCCACUGCCCGAGAGCCGGGCCAAGGCCCUCUUCCGUCAGAUGGUCGAGGCCAUCCGCUACUGCCAUGGCUGUGGUGUGGCUCACCGGGACCUCAAGUGCGAGAACGCUUUGUUGCAGGGCUUCAACCUGAAGCUGACAGACUUUGGCUUCGCCAAGGUGUUGCCCAAAUCAUGCCGGGAGCUGAGCCAGACCUUCUGCGGCAGCACAGCCUAUGCCGCCCCAGAGGUGCUUCAGGGUAUUCCCCACGAUAGCAAGAAGGGUGACGUCUGGAGCAUGGGCGUGGUCCUGUACGUCAUGCUCUGUGCCAGCCUACCUUUUGAUGACACAGACAUCCCCAAGAUGCUGUGGCAGCAGCAGAAGAGGGUGUCCUUCCCCACUCAUCUGGGCAUCUCGGCCGAAUGCCAGGACUUGCUCAGGCGGCUCCUGGAACCAGACAUGCUCCUCCGGCCUUCAAUCGAAGAAGUUAGUUGGCAUCCAUGGCUAGCAAGCACUUGAUAAAAGCAAUGGCAAGUCGUCCC